AUGCUAUGUCCCAAUCUUUGUGGCGUGGCCAGUCUGCCGCCAAUGGCCUUGACCUCUGCCACUCCCAACGUCUGGAUUGAGCUGGACAACAAGGAAAGCCAAAAUGCCAUCUAUACUACAUCCGACGAAGUCCAAGGGCAUAUUAAGAUCGAGGUUGAGCGAGAAAUCCCUCUCGACCGCGUCGACAUCUCUUUCGAAGGAAUCUCUUUCACCUCUCUAAGCCGAGCCAUCGCAUUUGUUCCCGGCCGCCGGGAAUCCUGCCAAAAGUUCUUGCACCUUCGCCAACCAACAAAUGAAACCGACUACCCCAACGUGAAGAAACUUCUACCGGGCCAGCAAUAUCGUCUUCCUUUCAGCUUCACCAUUCCCAAACAGCUUCUUCCUCAGUGUUGCACCCACGAAACCCGAAAUGCCAGCGUCAAGAACGCACACCUCCAACUGCCUCCUACUCUGGGCAGCGAGCCUACCCCAUUCUGGGAUCUGCGAUCAACUCCCGACGCUUCUCCCGAGAUGUGCCGUAUCCAAUAUGCAGUUCGCGUCCAGAUGUUCGGGGAAUCCUCCCCGGAACCCAUCUGCGACCUCUCCCAGAACGUCCGCGUGAUGCCGACGGCCCAAACAGACAAGACUCAAGAUCCCUCGGUCCUCUACAUGCUCAAGGAGCAAUCUCUCACAUCUGGCCUUGGUCGCCGUGAACACGGCCGCCUGGAGAUCUCCGCCAUCAAACCUGCCCCGAUCAACCUCCACUCCACAACCACCGGCUCAACCAACGCCUCGUCCACAGGACUGCAGCUGCACCUCCGCUUCGAUCCAGUCAAGAACGAACUCCCUCCCCGUCUCUCUUCUCUCAAAUGCAACCUCAACACAUCAACCUACUACGCCACCGUCCCUUGGGAAAACUACCCUAGCCAAAACGACAUCACCGCCUUCCAAGUCGACCGCGAAGUUUACGGGAAGAGCAUGUCUCUCUCCUCCCUAGACCUUUCAAACGUGAAAUGGGAGAAACUCCCCUCCUUCUCUGCAAUCGUUGGCAAACUCAAGGGCGACGAUGAAUCCGACGUAUCAUACAUCCCGGGCGAAGAGCAGAUCGAAUCGUGGAAUCAGUGCAGCUACACGGCCACCGUGACGGUCCCGAUCAACCUGCCCAAGAAGAACUACUUGCCGACUUUCCACUCUUGCUCCGUGUCCCGGAGUUAUGCCUUGGACAUUUCUCUCGGGCACCGAAUGUCGUCGGGUCUCCGUGGCUCUAGUACGAAACUAAAUGUGCCUGUUGAGAUGGCUUAUAUGGGCAAGGAGUAA